GAACUAUCAGAUGUUAUAGUUCUCUGUGUUUUUUUAAAAUAAUAUACCAAAACAAAGUUUUUUUGCUAUUAAAUAUCAUCGAAUCGUUUGGAGUACACCUUGAAACAUUUUGCUUAUUUUGCUAAACCGUAUUAUAGGUUAUAGAUGGCAUUUUGCCUGAAGCGACUAAAACUAAAUAUUUUUACAAAAGCAAAAUUACGCCACAUAAUGAUUUCGCCGAUAAAUUGUGAAAAGGCCAUGGAAAAUCUUCAAAAAAAUCCUUAUUUUGAAAAAUACGCUGAACGUAUAGCGGCGUUACAAAAAACAUCGCCUGAAGAAUUUUUGAAAAAAUUAGAAGAACGAAGCAAGUCUCAAGAGAGCUCUGUGAAGAAACAGUUGUCUUCCGUGGAUACUAGGCAGUUUUCAUCAGUACUUAAUCCCAAAGAAAAUUUACAGUCUAAUGUAAGUAUAGAAGAUAAAAAGCUUGAUGCAAUAUUCAAAACUGAACUGGUUAAAGAUAAAGAUGCAUCAGAGAUACAAGUAAUUUGGGAAGAGUAUCACAAAGAUAAAGAAGUUAUCUGUGCCACUAUACCUUUACAAAUAUAUGAAGAUAUGAGACCGAGGACAAAAGACAAUCCUACCUUUCUGUUUCCACUCCCUCGUGCUCAGGGCUUUGAGUUUAUAAUGUGCCAGACUUUUGGCCACUCUGUUCACUUUACCCCACUUUUAGCUUAUCAGGUACACAAGGAAAAUGCCCCUGAGUGUUUGACAAUGACUCAUUACACUGAGCUAGCUGACAAGGGUAUUGUGUUGAUGCGAGGAGAUUAUGAUAAGAAUGUCUUAGAUGGACAAGAAGCUCAAUGUCUUGCCAAUCAGUUCCAAAUGUAUUACAAUGGAAAAGAUGCAGAAAAACUUAACUUACUGAAAUCUUUUACUAGCUCCCCACAGGCCUUCAACCACAUGGACCUUAUUGGGCAAUUAGAAAAAAUUACACUUGUUUAAGCUUUAAGUAUCCACAAGUAGAUUUAUUUUAAGUAAUUAUUUAUUGUUUAAUUUAUGUUUUCAAUAAAAUUGGGUCAAACAGUAUGUUUAACAAUAAAUUGUUACAUCAAGAUAAGAUGUCAAUAUUGUAUAUUUUUUAUAAGAAAAUUCAUGAUAAUGCUAUAUUUCUGAACUUUAUUGAUGCAGCAACUUCUUUAUCUAUGCUCGUGUGACAUUAUUGUUAUGUGUUUCAUGUUAUGAUUGAUAUAAUCUUACAAUGUAAAUUGUUUUGCUGCCUAAUUUUACUGCAUUUUCAUGUCCUCAUUUGCUGACCCAUCUGGUAUCGGUUUAGGUUUGCACCAGGUAUCAUCUUUUUUGGGGUGACACCCACCCGGUCUCUCAACUUUAAGAACAAUGUAC